CUAUGUCGGCGGUCCAGCGGCACCGGGCAGGGACUGUCCCGCUGUGCCGCGCACCGGCGGGCGGCUCCGCACCUGCCGUGCCCGCGUCUGGGACCCGUUCAGAAGGAACCUUGCGGGGCUGGAGUCUGUCCAGAGAAGGAAACGGGUCUGGAGCCGCAGGAGCGGCUGAGGGAGCUGGGAAGGGGCUCAGCCUGGAGAAAAGCAGGCUCAGGGGGGACCUUGUGGCUCUGCACAACUCCUGACAGGAGGAGACAGCCCCAGGUCGGACUGUGCUCCAGGGAGCAGGACAGGACCUCCAGCUGUGCCAGGGGAAGUUCAGUGACCAUGUUCUUAAGCACUUUGACUCCAAAAUUCUACUUUGCCCUGACAGUAACUUCAUCUUUUAUAUCUGGACUGAUAUUUGUGUUUGAGUGGUGGCACUUCCGAAAAUACGGCACAUCUUUCAUCGAGCAGGUUUCUGUGAGCCACUUGAGGCCUCUCAUUGGGGGUGCAGAGGGCAGCCCCCCAGCCCCAGCAGCUUUCUCGGCCGGGGAGAGUGAGAGCAGCAGGCAGAACAUGCCAGAGUGCAAAGUGUGGCGAAAUCCUCUCAAUCUUUUCAGAGGGGCAGAGUAUAGCAGGUACAUGUGGGUGACUGGGAAGGAGCCUCUUACCUACUAUGACAUGAAUUUGUCUGCUCAAGAUCAUCAGACCUUUUUCACAUGUGACACGGAUGCCCUCCGGCCUUCAGACACAGUUAUGCAGAAAGCGUGGCGGGAGAGGAACCCGCAGGCCCGGAUUAAAGCGGCGUAUCAAGCUCUGGAGUUGAACAAUGAUUGUGCUACUGCAUAUGUCCUCCUGGCUGAGGAAGAAGCAACAACUAUUGUGGAUGCUGAGAAAUAUUUCAAGCAGGCUCUGAAAGCAGGAGAAAUGAUUUAUAGAAAAUCUCAGAACUGCCAUUCCCAGAGCCCCCAGCAUGAAGCACAGCUGAGAAGAGACACCAAUGUAUUGGUGUAUGUGAAAAGGAGACUAGCUAUGUGUGCCAGGAAACUUGGGAGAAUACGAGAAGCAGUAAAAAUGAUGAGAGAUUUGAUGAAAGAGUUUCCACUUCUCAGUAUGCUGAAUAUCCAUGAAAACCUCCUAGAGGCCCUUCUGGAGUUACAGGCGUAUGCAGAUGUCCAGGCAGUUUUAGCCAAGUAUGAUGAUAUCAGUCUUCCCAAAUCAGCAGCAAUAUGUUACACAGCAGCUCUGCUAAAAGCCAGAGCGGUUUCAGAAAGGUUCUCCCCAGAAACUGCCUCCAGGAGAGGACUUAGUACAGCAGAAAUUAAUGCUGUGGAAGCAAUUCACAGAGCUGUGGAAUUUAACCCUCAUGUUCCAAAGUAUUUACUAGAAAUGAAGAGCCUGGUGCUGCCUCCAGAGCACAUUCUGAAGCGGGGGGAUAGUGAGGCAGUAGCAUAUGCUUUUUUUCACCUCCAGCACUGGAAGAGGAUAGAAGGGGCUCUCAAUCUACUGCACUGCACAUGGGAAGGCACAUUUAGGAUGAUCCCAUACCCAUUAGAGAAAGGACAUCUUUUCUAUCCCUACCCGAGCUGCACAGAAACAGCAGACAGAGAACUGUUGCCAACAUUUCACGAAGUCUCCGUUUACCCCCAGAAGGAACUUCCCUUUUUCAUCCAUUUCACAGCAGGCCUGUGUUCCUUUUCUGCCAUGCUGGCCCUCCUUACCCACCAGUUUCCUGAGCUGAUGGUCAUUUUUGCAAAAGCUAUGGCAUCUAGAAUAUGGAUCCCGUCUGGAAGCACAGACUGGUCUUGGUGGAUGGGCUGUUCCAUUUGGGUGCUGCGGGUGCUGUGGCCAGUGAGUGCUCCCAGUGUUCUGGCCUCCAGCUGAGGGGACUGCGCCAGGUGCUUUGGGACUCUUCUUUCACCCUUCAUCUUCACUCUGGAACGCAUUGAGGACCUGCUGCUGUCCAGCCCCUGGCAUCAGCUGACUGGUGUGACUGGCGUGUGUAUUUUCCAUGAUAGUUUGAUUUUAUUCUUAUGAGCCUCCCUCCCAGUUGUGGGAGCCAAGGAAGAAAUCUGGGCUCUUCAAACUGAUAUCCUUGACUGGCUUCCAUGCUGAUGGUGCUUAACAUAUGAAUUUCUCCUUUGGCCUUAAUCUGUAAUCAUCUAAGAAAAUAGUUCUUGUUGAACAAUAGUUUAUUGCUCUCUAAAUCACUUGGACAACUGGAAGCUCAUACUUCCUCUGUAAGAAAGGAGAAUACACAAACUGAGCAGGUGUUGGGAGUACUGAUGCUUCCUUCUCAGCUGCAGAUGCACCAGAUACUUGGCUUAGAUUUAAUUUCAUAAGCCUUUUUCAAAAUAUUUGUUAACAGCAAAGUAUGGUUCUGCUUUCUUUAUUAAAAGGUUGCUACUUAAAGCAUUGAAUUUGUUGACUUCUUAAGUGUCUGUUAAAUAUAGAUUACAAUGUGCAAACAAA